UCGAGGCACAUGCAUGCAGCGUACAGAGAAGCUGAGACAAAGCACAACAAAGUUGCUUAUUACUUAUUUAAAUAGAACUAAAUAAGAACGGACCCUGAUUCAAGCAUCAUUGCUAUGUGCUGCUGCAAUGAGACAUCGGCCUGGCAUCCUGAUUGUGAAGAGACAAAGGUCACCAUCGGUCUCAGUGUGUUGCUGUUUCUCUCACUGAUUUUACAUAUAUGUUUUACAAUAAAAUAUUGCACAGGAAAAGGGACAUGCUGCCAAAGGAAAAGGAAGCAGGAUGAAGCGACGUACGAAGCCGGACCGUUAAGGUCAAGUUCACCUCGAAGUUCAAGGCAGAUGGAGGAGAACCCUAUUUAUGGGAACCUGAGCUACACACAAACAGAAGUAGUUUUCACAGAAGCUGAUCCUCCUCAUUCGUCGCUGAGCUCACAGUCUCUGAGGGAUCAGCACAGGGUCAAGUCUGCCGCUCAGCCCAAGAAUCAGGAUUGCUACGCCAACCUCAACCUCAAGGCCCCUCGGGCGCAGGCGGGCCGCAGCUCGCCGCUAAUACCACAAAUCCAGUAUUCUGAUGUCGUGCAAAUGGACGAGGCGGGGGAGAAGGAGGACGAGGACGAGGACGUCACGGGCAACGUGUCCCCCGUGUCUGAGCUGUACGCUUCCGUGCAGACCCAGAGAACCAAGACCAUCGACAUGGCAGAUGGCGGGGAGGACUACGCCAACCAUCUCUGACAUGGGGACGCUGUGAUGACUGAUGUUCCUGUCAGAGCCUGACGCUCAGCCACAAGAUGGGGCUGUGUGCUGCGCUAUACAUAGCUGCAGCAGCUGAGCGCCUCCUCAUCAUAUAUAGUCCUGCACUGAGUGGCUGAAUGACGUCUGAGUAGAGAAUGGGCAGUCUUAAAUUUCUUUUGUUUUGCUUCACUGCUAAUAAAAUAAUUGAUCAAUGUUGUUUGUUAGAGAUCAU